AGCAGAAUCUGACUGAUGAUUUUUUAAAUGAUCCCCGCCCUGAACAUCUAAAAGGUGUAGCUGGUUACCCGGAUAGGGUUCGCAAUAUGGUCUUAAACCAUUGUGCAGAGACCUCAGACAAUCUGACAUACAGAUAUCUCAUCGAGAAAGCAUUUAUUCAGGCAGCAGUAUUGGACCAUGAUUAUUUGGAAAGACCCUUCACAGAGUAUUGGGUUCAACGAGCUGUUGAGGUUACAGCAGAUAAAGUAGUUGCCAUUGAGGAGCAGACACGUGGACAAGCCAGCUCAAAUAAUUGGUUCAAGGAGAGAUCAUGGCGGAUCACAGCCUCAAGAUUUGGAGAUAUCUGUUUAGCUACAGACAGACGUAAUAGGCAGAAACUCUGCGAGUCUCUAUACCAGCCUUCUGCUGCUGUAUUUCGCAGUGAAGCUCUAGUCCAUGGACGUACCUAUGAGACACGUGCUAUUAGAUCCUUUGAAAGAGAGACUGGCCAAGGUGUUCAAAGAUGUGGUUUCUUUGUUGAUAUGGAUCGACCUUACUUGGGGGCAUCACCGGAUGGACUCGUUGGCAAUGAUGCACUAAUUGAAGUCAAAUGUCCCUUUGCUGGUCGCUUUGAGAAGAUUCAGCCUGGAAAGUACUUCCCAUAUCUAACAAUGGACUCUGUAACUGGUGAAAUGAAAUUGAAACCCACCUCUAAAUAUUUUUUCCAAAUACAAGGCCAAAUGCUUAUUGCCAAAAAACAAAUUUGCUAUUUUGUUGUAUACACUUUCAAAGAUUUGUUCAUCCAGAAAGUACAUAUUGAUGUAGAAUGUUGCCAGAAUUCUCUUCUUCCAAAGCUUGAUGUAUUCUAUGAUAAAUUUUUCAUGCCAUACUUGUUAUCCUUGCUGUAAAGUGGAAGCAUAUAUGCAAACUUGUGUAAAAGUUUCUUCUAAAUGAUUUAUCGAGACAGUUCAUUUUUUUAUACAGAAUCUUUUUUGUAUUCAUGAUUUGAUUAGAGUCUGCAAAUGAUUCUUCAUGUUUUUUUGCCUAAGUUUCUGCCCAGAAUGCCAAUCAAUUUCAGAUGAAAUACAUUGCAUAUCCAUGAUAUGAAAUUUUCUGUAUUGACAAUAUACAUGUAACAAUGCAUAGAUGUUGGUUAUAUAAAGUGUUAAACUUU